UAUCCAGAGCUACUGGAGCAACAUUUCCCGUAAAAAGCUUUGCAGUAUCAGGAAGUGUGUGAAACGUGCGGUCAAGCAUUCAGCAGACUGCUUUCUUUUUCCCACGGAGUGGAUGGCUGAGUUGGAUUGCUGUUUUCGAAGAAGAACUGGAUUAAAUCGUUUCAGUAUGGAGUUUAAGAGGCGAGGUCGCGACAGGAUAUCAUUUGUCCUGCUUAUUUUAGGGAACAUCGCAACGGCUCUCUCUGGCCAAAACAUUGACUGUGUCAACGACUAUGACACAAUGAUGUUUUGCAACUUCAACGCGCAAAACUGCACUGAAUACAAACUGAUUCUCCAGAGCUACAACGGAUUUCAGGACAGGCAUUGCUUUGCCAAAACAUAUGACAUUGGACAGUGUUUUUGCUCCUUCAACCAAAUGAUUUUUACUCCUUUGGACAAUUACAUGGCAACAGUUUUGAAAGGAGGCAAACAUAUGGAGUCUAGAAACAUCAGCAUCAGAGGCAGCAUAAAGCCCAAAACCCCAACAAUCACCUCAGUAAGAAAAUCGAAUGGGAAUUUUCAAAUCAUUUGGAAAACAAAUUACAAUGGCAUUUUCGGUGAAGGCUUGACUGCGAAUGUGACUUACUAUAAAAAAGGGGACACCAAAAAGGUAUCUAAAUCUGUCAAACCAAAUACACUUGGUGGACUGAAUUACUAUGAAAUACUUGGUCGAGACUUGAAGCCAAGUACAACAUAUGUGGUCAACGUAAAAAGCUACACAAGCAGAAGUGCCAAGUUCAGUGACAGUAGUAAAGUGUGGGAAUUCACCACCCCUGUGUCCCCUUACAUUAUGCCCUUGGCUAUCACCAUCAGCCUCAGUGUUGCUGCAGUCAUCAUCAGUGUUGCUGUAUGUGGCUGUUAUGGGAAGCUAAAAUCAAAGUGGUGGGACACAGUUGCCAAAUGUCCAAAUCCAAAACUUCUGAUAAUGCAUCCAAAUGAGCAAGAGAUCCUGAAACCUGAGCCACCCAUCAUCUCCUCUAUCUGUUUUGAACCUCUUGUUCCAAGUGACAGCAAACCAUGGUUAAAGGGGUCACUGAGAGACAUGAGCAGCGGGAGCCCUCAGCAAAGCAAUGGAAUCAGUACUGGCUCUUUUGGUUUUACUCGUUCUCACACAGAACCUGCUGACAUUAUCGCUGGUGUUCAGGAUGCUCUUGUAAAAGCUUUCCCCAAUAUCAGCCCAAUAUCACCUUUGACCACUAUUUCACUUAAUGCAGAAGUAAACAAAGACAGUGGUUUGCUCUCCUCCUCCUGCAACCCUUGUGAUGUCCGAGCUGAUGACAUGAAAUCUGGAUCAUCUUGCUUUGAAAAUAAAACCUACAACGUCUUCAUUCCAAGCGUCCCACAUGAGAUGAUGACCAGCAGCUCCGAGGUCCAGACGCAGGCUGAAAUGCUUUGUGACUCUGCAUACCGUCCUUCUGCAGGUGAUGAUGUGACCUUUGUCGACCAGCAGGCACCAGCUUGUCUGCUUGUGAAUUCACCACCAGUGGUUUCGUCUCUGAUGCCAACAGACAUGUCGUAUCAUCCACGCAAUGCAGAUUUGGGGGGAUUUGCAUAUGCAGAAGACUUCAGUUUGUCAUCCAGUUUGUCCUCCACUUCCACUGGCACAAUUGCGUCAUGUGAUCCUGUGUCCACAGCUGAGGUCGGGUGUGAGAGCUUUGAUGAGGCGAAAAAGCUACAUGGAAAAGUUGAAGGUGAAAUUAUAUGUGAUGAAAAUCCCUGCUACAGAGGUGUGCCUGCAGUUUCAAGCAGCUUUCCUCCGGUGGAUGACGACUACCAGUCAUUUCAGAAUCUGGUGGAGCAACCUGCCAUUGUGUUUUCAGAGGAGAGAAGUGGUGAGGAGGAAAGACAUUUGAACAAAUGUCCAGAUGAAUUCUUCACCAAGAUGCCUCAAAGCUCCUUAAGCCAAGUUGUUCCGGGUUUCGUUGACAGUGUCCAGGGUGGUCAGUGUUCCUCUGAGCUCCAAAGACCUUUUCUCUCACUGAUCCCUGCUGACCAGUCUGUGCCGAUCAUCACAGAGAGCGGCUAUCAGAGUGUGUAGCGCUAAUUUAUAUGGACUAUAUGGACAUAUAGCCAUAGCAUCAUGUGACCUUUUAAAUCGCACAAAGUGUUUUUCAUUGCAGUUUUGAAAAAUAUGGCUUUUUCGAUUCACCUGAAAUAUCACUUCAUGCGAGCAUACAAACUUUUUGCAGUCAAGUUUUUUCAAAAUUGACAUGUUUCCUUUAGGUGUAUUUUAUAAUCACAGUUUCAAUUUGUACAAUUUGAGGGUUAAUGGAAACCUACAGAUUUUGUGUGUAGCAGUAAUUUGUAGAAAACACAUCUUUGCACCGUAAGAGCGGCUGAUUCCUUUAUUUAUAAAUACUUCACAACUGUGUAAGACUUCAUUUGAUGCAAAGUAUGUAAAAACAAACUAUGUAAAAAAGAUGUUUUGCAUCAAAUGCAGUCAAAAUAUGAGCUCAAAAUGUCUGUCAAAAACAGACUGCAUUUGAGUUUUUUUUGUGUUUGUGCUUGCUGCAACUGCUUGAACAAAACUGCUGCAGUCACAUAUCUGUACCUCAUGUCAUAAUCCACUGAGGGUUUUUGUUUCGUUUUUUUGUCACAUAGAAAAUUCAUUAAGUGUAUAUACUGUCUCUGUAAAUCAUGACUAACCAUCAAGUACAAUAUUAGUUAGACUUCAGUGAAAUGUGUCAGAGGAGUCAUUUCUUGUAGAUUAUGUCAAUUCCUCUCUGAACUUGAUUUGACCAGAGGAGUCACAAAAUAAACCUGUUCCAUUCCACGCAUCAACACUGAGCGCUUUAAGCAAAAUUACAAAUGAAAUGUGUCUCAAACAAGUCAUAACAAUCAGCUGCCAUAUUGAGCUAGUGCUUUAUAGGUUUUUCAAAUUACUUCCUCAUUGCUCUUCUCUGGAAACAGCUACGGCAUUUCCACAGAAACACACAUCCUCUUCAAGCGGUACGCUGUUCUUAUCACAGCAAAGACAUGGUGCCCGAAGACACUCAUUUCACUAUUAAAGGGUAAAGACAUGCUGGUAUUUUUGAAAGUGAAGAAAUGUUACACGUGUAAAAUGUACUUUUUCUCUGAAAGAAAAUUGUUAAAAUAAAAGUUGUUUAUAUUA